GAGUAGCACGACGGAAAUUUAAAAUAUUUACGUAAUCAAAAAAUCCUCUUUCCCUUUGCUAUUAAUAGCCUCACAUCAAUCCAUCCCUCCGCGUUUAUCAAGCCAAUAACAUUCAUCCGUUUGCACCCAAUUAACUUGACAAGGCUGACUGUUCAAUAAUUGGGUGCAGCCUCGACCUGUUCCCAAUCCCCAUCGAUACGGUUCGACAUUGUCCACUGUGCAUUUCUACCAUGUCCGGCAAACGUUCGCGAGCAACAUACGAAGCAGAUUUACAGGCCCAACAAUCCCCCUUCGUGGUAUACGGAACCCCAUUGCCCCCACGAGAUGCAGACGUGCGAGAUGAUGGAUCCUAUGUACCGGUGUGGAAACAGGAAGUUCGUGAUGAGAGAGGGUUGAAAAGAUUGCAUGGUGCUUUUACCGGAGGGUUUAGUGCAGGAUAUUUCAACACGGUGGGAUCGAAAGAAGGCUGGACACCUUCGACUUUUGUUUCCUCACGAUCGAAUCGAAACAAAGAUGCGACCAAAGUACGCCAACAACGACCCGAAGAUUUUAUGGAUGAUGAAGAUUUGGCGGAUGCUGCAGAAGCUCAAAGCGUACAAACAACACAAGGAUUUGCUGGAAUCGGCUCGACGCAAGAUGACGCAAUUCGCAGAGGCGCAUUCAUUGAUCUUUUCAAAAGUGACGGAGAGACAAUGGGGGUGAAGCUAUUGAAGAAAAUGGGUUGGAAAGAAGGACAGGGAGUAGGACCGAAGGUUCGACGAAAAGCUCGUUUGGAUGGAAUGGAAAGGUCUGGCGCAGAUGCCAAUGCGACAUAUCUCUUUGCGCCUGAAAAUACUCGCAUGAUUAGUUUUCUUCGUAAGGAUGAUCAUAAAGGCUUAGGUUUUGAUGGGGAGACAAAGUUGACCCCAAUCAAUGGACUUGGAUCGGAGAAAGAUAAGUCAGAAGACGAGGAUGAUGAUAGAUCGUUUUCAAUCGCACCCAAAAUCGCCAAGAAGAAAAAGAAGCCUGUCAGAGGUGGUAUUGGUAUUGGCAUAUUAAAUGACACCGGUUCGGAUGAUGAAGACCCUUAUGAAAUUGGUCCACGAAUAUCCUAUAAUCGAGUCAUAGGAGGAGAUAAGAAGAAGAAGAAACCAAUAACGCCAGCUGCCAAUUCAUUAUUAAAAUCCAAACCUGUCUUUAUUUCAAAAAAGUCCGCUAUGGCAAAGGCAGCAGCUGGGCUACGGAAAUGUCAUGAUGGUCGUUUACCCCUGGAUGGAUUUAUUCUCAGUAAUGACUCAACUACAUCAUCAAUGUCCGAAACGCUUUCUAAGUAUCCACCGCCCACCAUUCCUGAAGGGUGGAAAUCCGCCAAACAAUCCAAAUCUGAAUCCACACAAUCACAAUAUCUAUCCACCUCAGAUGCAGCAAAAGCAUCGAAAUUAGACCCCAAAUCUCGAGCUUCGAUUCUAGGAGAAGCUGCUCUACCUGGAAAAUCCGUAUUCGAUUUCCUUUCCAGCUCUGCUCGUGAUCGAUUAGCUGCUGCAUCUGGAAAAUCUAAUCUCCCCCAAGCCCUAGGCGAAAUUCCCGAAGGCUAUGCUAUGACCCCCGAACAACGACGACAAGAACUUCUUUCUCAGAUACCCAAAAUCGAUAAAUAUACCGCCGAUGCAGCACUUAUGCGUUGCGCAAGUGUCUAUGGCGAAGACGAAGCAAAGCGCAUUCGUUACCGUGCUUACCUCGAACAUCAAGCUGGCAUCGUAUUAACCUUACCGGAACGGAGUAUGUUGACCAGUAAAGAAGAUUGGCUCAAAGAACUCAAAGAAUUCGCUAACUGCGCGAAAAUCUUCAAGCCAAUGACGGGGUUGAUGGCCACACGAUUUACAAGCUCUUCGUCGAGUACAAUAUUACCAGGACAAGAUGGUUCGGGAAACAAUCUCUUGAGCAAACCGGAAAUCAAAGAAGAUCCAGCGGAACAGGCAGCAAAGAUGGGCAUGUAUGGUCCGAUGACCAGAGAGAGGAAGGAUUGGUUCCCGACGAGAUUACUGUGCAAGAGGUUUAAUGUGCAGCCUCCGAAACAUGUACAGCCGUCUGCGGAUGAAGAGCAAGGGAUGCGGAGGGAUGUCCCUGCAGAUUUGGUGGGUAAGAGGGAGGUGGAGAGGAUGAUGAGGGAGGCGGGGAAUGGGGCGUUUAGAGAGGACAUCAAGAUGGAGGAUGGAGAUGUAUUUGGGAAUAGUAACCCGGAGAAUGCACAGCUGGCGAAGGAGAAUCAACAGGUAGUGGUUGAUGCAGAGAGAAAUGAAGCGUUGGAAAUUCAGAAACCGGAAGACGCGGUUUUCAAGGCGAUUUUUGGGGAGGACAGCGAGGAGGAGGAUGAUUAGAUUUUACUUAUAAUACUAUUUUCCCUUCCGACACGGAUUUCAAAAAGGUUCAUUUUUACACUAUAUACUCGAAUGAGAUGGUGAAUACUAAAUCUUCACUUGGGAAUCGAGCAUAUGUACAUCCAUAUAUACCUACAUAUAUACCUCGGCAGAAAUAAUGAAAAUAAUAAUAAACAAAUGGUGUAACUCGAAUCGGACGAGAGAAUAAUAACGAGCCGCA